AUGAACAAGGACGGCACACUUGUGAGCAGAGCCCCAGCCGGGAAGGACAAAGGCGGCGGCAAGGGGCACACUGCCCAGCAGCAGCCGCAGCACCCAGGCGGCAAAGGCCAGCCGGGCAACUUUGGCAAGGGCCAGCCUCCUCGCAGAGUGUUCGUGGCUGACCAUGUGGAUUCCGAGACGGCCGGCCAUGACACCAGCACGGCCUUUGAGGCGAUCCCCGAAGGCCAGGCCGAGGACGAGCCAGAGGACCAGGAGGACCAAGAGAGGGGCGAUCCGGCCCCGGAUGAUGGCGAUGAUGAUUCCGAGCUCGAGGACCUUGCCCAGGUCCUCACGGUGACAGCCCGCCGAUUGGCGAGCACCCGUCUUGGACGGAAGUACAGCGGAUCCAAGGUACCAGCAGCCGAGCUCAAAAAACGCACCAGUUGCGCACCAUGUGGGGAAACCGGGCAUUGGAGGGGCGAUCCAGAGUGCCGUGUGUCCGGCAAUAAGGGUUCAGCGUCGAGCAAGCCCCCGGCCGCGAAAGGCGGAUCGGCGAAACCUUCAGCAGCGGCGCCAGCCGGCAAGUCAGGCGACCGAGGCGGCAAAGGACAGCCACACCAGACCUUUACGGUAACCCACAGUGAUCUCGGCAGCUAUGAGCUUUAUUCUGAAGAGUACGGCCAGACCUUUGCAGAUCCCCAGUACAGCGUGAGCGUAGUGUUUUCGGCACAGAUGCUUCAUGAUGUUGGCUCCCAGUUCGUCGGCUACAUGGUUCUAGAUACAGCGUGCCAGCGAAAUUGUUGUGGCAGGAGUUGGGCGGCGAAGCACUUCGACCUCCUCAAGAACAUCAACCUUCAACCGGUCAAGGCCCCGCUCCAUGACAAGUUCCAGUUCGGGAAGGGUGCCCCCGUAGAAGCAGAUUGCCGUGCAUAUGUUCCAGUAAGCUUCAACGAUCACAUCCCGCUGCUGAUCGGCACAGGCGUCCUCGAUGCCGAAGUGCCACUACUUGCGAGCAACGUGCUGCUCAAGGCCCUCGGCAUGGUUCUUGAUUUGCCCUGCAUGACGGUUACUUUUCGAGCUUUGGGUUGCAGCGCGCCAGUGCAUAUGAUCAACGGGCACUUGUCAGUUCGCAUAGAUUGCUUCAGCCAACAUGCACACCAUGAUUUUGCUGAGCUGUUGUCCCGCACUUCGUGGCAUGACGCACCUCCUGAAGCGAUUUUUGGCCAGACUGCAAGGGCACACCACGAGGAGCCUCGGCAUGCUUGUGACUCCCCCGGCAUGGCUCGUGGGCUGGCGCCGGCUUGUGAGGUCCUUGCGCAACUUCACGACCCACCUGUAUGUGACCAUGGUGCGUGCGGUCAGGCUGCACAUCUGGGACCAUCAAUGGAUGCUGGAGGCUACUCCUCCGAGGCUGGACCCCCAGUUUCAGGUGCGGCAGGACACGUGCCGCCACAGCGACAUUCAGCGGUACGGCAAUGCAACCGGAAGGUACAGCAGGUGCAAGCUGUGCGGGAAGAGAUGGGUGUGGGACUACGCGGUCGACCGAUGGGUUCACAAACCAUACGCCGCAUCUUCGCGCUCAUCGGCACUGCCAUUGCCCUCUUCGGACAACACCCUGGAGAUCCCGCGGCAGGCGCCCCCACCUUCGACUUCAUUGCGGGCGGCCCGGGCCAAGACGAGUACGGCACGACCCAGGCCGAGCACAGCAGCACCAUCAACGGCAUUCGCGCCGACUACGAGGACCCGGCGCUCCCAGGACCACGACAUCGACCAUUGGGCACUUCUUCACGGACCGGGACCCAGCGAUGCCACGGAGGAGAUCAGCUCGGAGGAGCUCGACUGGGACAACGUCGCCGCCUGACCGGCGACCUGGAACGUGCAACCAAGGUCUACGAGAAGGAGCUCUCCAUUUACGAUGCACUUCCGACUACCUGCUCACGGCCCCCUCCCAAAGUCGACAUCCUGGAGAUCUUCGCUGGAGAGGCCAAAGUGUCGGGCAAUGCAUAUCAUUUCGGGCUAAACGCCUGCCAACCUGUCGACUUGCAGUUCGGUUGGGACUUGCGGCAGGAGGAUCAACAAAAGGUCGUGACCAACCUCGUGCGCCGAUUGCGGCCAUGGGCUAUCAUCGUCGACUACCCCGGCCUUCUGUACAGCGUGCACGCCGAGAACUUGAACUACCACAACAAGCCGGGAGAACUUCUACGACUCCGUGCCGCCGACCGGCCCAUGCUGAACUUCGCGGCGGCACUUUGCCGCCACCAACAUGAUGCCGGCAGGCUCUUCUUCUUCAGCAAUCCGAGGCAGAGCAGACUUUGGGGCCAACCCGAGAUGGCUUCGCUCCUCAGUUCGCCUGGCAUCACCACGACCACGGCGCACAUGGGCGCUUACGGCGCCGAAAACAAGCACAACGAGCCGGUGAAAAAGGCGAUCCAAAUCGCCUCCAACUACCCCGGCCUCGACAAGGACUUUGGGCGACGACUUUCAGCAACCGACCUCCUCUACUGCACGCCUCUCCAAGGACGAGAUGCACUACGAUCCCAAAUUUUUCCGGAUGCCUUUGUGAAUCAGCUGCUUGCCUCUAUCAGGCAGUGGAUAUCACAACGGGAACCACAACGCUUCGGGUACUACAUGGUCCUGGCCCUUGCACGGCCAACUACGGACACUGCUGCCUGGAACCACGUCUUUGAGGAGAUCGAGAAAAGCUUCACGGGCACCAGCCGGCGCCCCUACAUCGUUGACCCCGACUCCACCUUCGGCAAGCAGAUUCAGGACCUCUUCCGCAUGGACGCCGUGCGCAUCCAGGUGGCCAACACUCCAUCGCAGCGCCGCUUCCACUCCGACCUUCCGCAUGUGGCCCGAGGUGCAGCGUUGCAGUACAUAGACAAAACACGUUCAGUGGAGGUGGAGCAGCUAGAUGAAGUUAGGCAGCCCAAAGGCCGUUUCAGUAAACCAGUGCAAUUUGCAGUGUUCAUUUACGGCACUUCACGGCAAGCUUCGGGAGAGCAGCAACCACCACAGGAUGAUCCCGGCCCUUCUGUGCCAAUCUCCGGGCUCCCGACUGAUGUGACGUUUCCGGGACUGAGCGAUAAGGUGCCGAUUGAGAUAAGGAGAUCCGUGGCACGCCUUCAUGUGAAUCUCGGACAUCCCAGCUCGCAGGAGCUGAACCGAUUGCUUUGCCAUCAAGGCGUGCCCAGCUCGGGGGUUCAAGAGUGUGUGCGCAAACUCCAUUGCGCCACAUGCCAACGUCUUUCGGGACCCCAACAGCCUCGACCUUCGACAGCUCCCAACCUUCAAGCAGGACAGUUCGGCGACUUAGUGCAGGGCGACUUCUUUUGGGUUCGGCUGUCGAGUGGCACAAACGUGCAAGUCCUGGGACUCGCUGACACAGCAACGGGCUAUCACCAAGCGGCAAUCCUUCGUGAAAAAUCCGCUCGGGAUGCCUACGAUCUACUCCACACCGUUUGGCUGCGACCUUACGGGUUACCAGUUCGGCUACUUUUGGAUCCGGACCCCUUGUUUCAGGGAGAUUUUCAAGAGCUUCUUUCUACUGUGAACGUGCAGGUGGAGUACUGCCCCGCCGAAGCCCAUUGGGUUAUCGGCACCGUCGAACGGCGCAACUGCGUCCUCAGGACAAUCCUUGAGAAGCUGAUCAACGACCAUGUGGUGGACGACCUGGACCGCCUGGACCACGUGCUUUCGGCUGCAGUGCACGCCUUGAACUCCUUCGUGACCGUAAAAGGCCGCAGCCCUUACCAGGCAGUGUACGGGAAAAUUCCCAGAAUUCCUGGAGGAUUGUUCACCGACGACGGCUCAUUGGCUCAGUCCGUGAUGGACCCGGGCCUUGCAGCCGAACGUGCUCGCUCUGAGGCCAUUGGCCACCUAGCAGCCAUGAACGUGGAUCAAGGGCUGCGACGGGCAAUCCUCCGAAAGACUAACAACACAAAGAUUGAAGGACUAAUUACAACCAGGCCAAAAGAUUGCUUUUUGGCGUUGGCGAAGACGCGGACUUCGCAAACGCGGUGCCUGGACUACGGGACGCCGAACAAGCAGUGCUGGAUCAGAUCCGGCAACAACACCAUUUUGGUGGCCAUGGAACAGCUGACGUUGGCAGCUGGCUGGGAAGACUGGUGUCCCGACGAGUCAGACAUCAAGUGUCUGAAGGACGCCACCCUGGACAUCCGCGACAGCAUCUUCCAAGAUCAACAAGGGCCUCCUCCUCCUGAAGACGAGUUGCCCGACAAAGAGGAGGACAUCCUCGACGCGGAGUCCUUACCACCGACUCCGGCAAUGGCGCCUGGACCCUCAGUUCCCUUCCUGGUACCGCCAAAGGAGCAGAACACACCUCAGCAACCACAAGCACCACAAAUACCACAGCUACAGGCCACCAGAACCGACAACUACAACCUCACACUGAGCCCUACUUACCAGCAGAACACCUACGUCCAGAGCUUUGGUGACCCCUCCCGACACCAAGACAAACACGGAGCCGUUCACCAGCAGCUCGACCUCUACUACAAGAAGGACCCAAACCACCAGCACUACCUGCAGGCGCUUCCUACGACGAGGCGUUGCAGAGCGCAGCCUUUGACAGCGCCGCCUACGACGACGAGCCACCACCAGGCCAGCACGGAGAAGACCAACAGCAGUCGCGACCAACUUCCGCGCAACCUGGUGAGCCUCAACAGGAAGCAGCACCUUCUGAACCACCAGCUGGAGGAGAACCUUCAUUACUACCUGGAGACCAACGACCACACAGUUCCACAGCAACGACCUCGCAGGACACCUACCGAGGAGGUCCCAAGUUCACAGGCAGCUUCUCAACCUUCUCCAGACGCCGCUGAGGCACCUCCGGUACUACCUCAGAAAAGGCCCUUCGACACUCUGACAACCCUGUUGGCAGACGGCGGCGAGCUACACCGUGUACUACCUGGCGAGACCUUCCACAACGGUGUGUUCGGACCACUACGGCGCCCCUUCUACGAGGCGUACCUGGCUUCAGACCACCGACCAGGAGACGUACCACCGGACAAGGACCCCAGGGAGAGCGACACUAGCGACUCCGACGUCGACAACACCACCAAGGCAGGCGGACGCAAGCUCUCGAGAAGGGAGCUCAAGCAACUUGACCGCGAGAUUCCAUGGACGGUGAUCAUGAAGGGCCCCCACAUUCAGGACUACUUGAAGGCGGUUGAAAAAGAAGCUGAGUCCUGGAAACAGUGGGACAGUGUGGAGCCGCUGUCACACGAGCAGGCCAAGAAAGUGCUGAACGACAAGAUCCUUGUCAAGCGGAUCCUGCGCAGCAGAGCUUGUUACAGAGACAAGAGCAGGGGACAGGGGCAAGUUCGACCCAAAUGUAGGGUAGUUUGCCUGGGCCAUCAAGACCCGGAUUUAUUCAGUCUUAAUCGCCAGGCUCCAACACCCUGCAGAAAUAGCGAGCACAUCGUUCUGAUGAUCCUCGUUUCGGGUUCCAACGGUGAGUUCGGCACCACAGGCCACAAGUGGACCGGCUGGCUAGCAGACGCCUCGACGGCUUUUCUCCAAGGACAACAGCCUCAAGAAGAACGAAGCCAGCCUCUGUACAUGAGGCCACCCAGUGACGGACUUAUCUCUCAGACUCCUCACUGGAAAGCACCGCUGUACCUCAUCAAGUCGAACAUUUACGGCUUGGCGAACGCUCCUCGCCUGUGGUGCGUGGAAGUGACGACCAGGCUCGUGAAGCUCGGGUACACCCAGCACUCCUUCGACCGGAUGGUCUUCUUGAAGAGGGAUUCCCGAGGCAACUUGAUCAGCAUCAUCGUGGUCUACGUCGACGACUUCUUGGGAGUUUUCCGCGUCGACUAUGACAUCAGCGAGGUGCACAAAGCCUUCACCUGGGGAAGUCUCAGCUACUUCGAGCUCAACACUCCUUUGACCUUCAAGGGCAAAGAGCUUACGCUCAGGCUGAACAGCCGGGGAAAACACGUCCUCUACAUCUCCCAGGCAGAGUUCAUCCGUGGACUCGACAGCGGCAAGAUCCCGAAGGACGCGGACUUGGAGCAGCCCUUGACUCCCGAACAACAGGGAGAGCUGAGGUCCGUGGCAGGCUGUUUGCAGUGGCUCUGCGGACAAUCUCGCCCUGAGCUGUCUCCUUACGUGUCGCUUAAUAGCCUGAACUCACGAAGCAACCUGGGCAACCUCAAGUCCCUCUACUUCGCCCUCGACUUCGCCAAGAGCACCGCCGAGCAAGGACUCCUUCUGCCAGACGUGCCGCUGAACCUAGCAACCACAUUAGUUUCGUACAGUGACGCUUCUUUUGCCAACUCCCCUAACGACUUAAAGUCGCAGUACGGAGUUCUAGUGCUCGCCACCACGGCCCACGUGUCCUCGACUCCUUGCCUAGGCUUACUGUUGGAUUGGCGUUCAGGAAAGAGUGCCCGAGUUUGUCGUAGUACCCUAGCUGCCGAAGCUAUGGCUGCUGACGAAGCUGUAGAUCGUCUCCACUACACAAACCUCUUCCUGACCGAGAUCCUUACGGGAGAGCUGGCCUACAAGGCAAAACCAGCACUCCGCAUGCUUCACGCCGUGGAUGCUAAAAGCCUCUACGACUCGCUCAUUCAAGAGAGCCCUCAGACCAGUGAGAAGCGAAUUUUGGUGAACAUUAAGUCUGUGCAGGAUAGCUUGGAUGCUAGCUCGAUUCAUUGGAUCCCAACUGAGUUGAUGCGCGCAGAUGGGCUCACCAAACUUUCGGCUGAUCUACUGGCGGCACUCCACGAGUGGUUUAAGGCCCCGUGGGUGAUCCUCCGACAGGAUGUGCUCCCAAUGGUGGCGGCACUUUGCGGCAACGACCACUCGCGGCAGCUCAUCGAUCGAUGCCGACGACGUGGCUUGCCAGGCCCUGGUGGUGGAGAGCUUCCAGACAGCUUCGAGAAGUUGGCCAAGCUUCUGGAGUGCAAAGCGAGACCUCCGAAGGAGGCAGCACUGGACUUGCUGAAGCCUGCGCUGAACAAUGAGGCGGAGAUUGAGCAGGCGCAGAGAGUGUUGGCAGAUGUCCAGAACUUCUACAUACCACAGAGAAUACUGCCGAGCCCACACAUCGGAGACGACAGCCUCGCACUCGUGUACAGCGAAGUUGAGCAAGGCUUACUUCCGAAGUGGUGCAUUCCUGUGGCGGCCCACGGCCUUUACCUCUCCAGCGACUUCCUGUCGGACCCAGCCGUGGGUUCCUGCAAGAUGACUCUCCUCUUAAAGCUGAAGAGCUGUGCAUUUGGAUUGCUGGCGCCUCCCUCUCCUGGAGUUCCUUGCCCUCCCAUCACGAUUGGGAGCCUCGGUCCGUGCACACCAUCGAGCCCUCGGGACAAGUGGGGCAAUGUCCAGGUCCGCAUCCUGGGCAAGUCGGAGCAUGCCAGCUUCGACGACGUCCAGAAGCCCUUCGGCUACCUGGGAAGGCUCGGUGGCCUCAGGGCGCAGCCGCUCCGCUCGCGCUUUGCGCUUCUGCGGCUCUUCGUGGAGGCCAGCUUCCGCCUGGAGCUUUCCGAGGCUUCGCUCAUUGACUCCGAGGUGUCCUUGAGCACGCUGCACGCUUUGGCCUUGCGCUUCACGGCGGCCAUGGCGCAGGAGCUCAAGCUUCAGGAAGCCGACUUUGAUGCCCUCCUUGUGACUUCUUACAUUUUGAAGAGCACGAUCGUGCCCGAACUGGUGGAUGCUCCCGACUUCUCGAGCCGCAGAUGCGCUGACUUUCGCUGUCUGUGCCUCGGCGCUUGGUUUCAGAAGGUGAUCUCCUCAGUGCUGGACCUAGCAAAGCUCCUGGAUGUGGCACCGACCGUGAGACCGGCGAAGCUCUUUGACGGCCGGCUCUUUCUCCACGUCUUGCGAACCUUCCGAGAGAGAGGGGGGCCCGGUCCCGGGGAGGCGGAGGCCGCUCCGGCUGUGAAGCCUCGCGCUCGGCGUGGGAAGAUGGGCCCACGGACCGGCGAGGUGACCGAGGUGUACCAGGCGCCUGUGAGCCUGGAUCGCUUGGAUGCGGAAAACCUGGUGAAGCUGCGGACCAGUGCGGAAAUGAAAGCGUGGCGAGAUGAAGUGUUGCGAGGGCUGGUGGUGCAAUUUCUGCCCUCCAUACCGCAGGCGGCCCCGGCCAGCUUGGCAAAAGAUGCCGUGAUCGAGGACAGGUUCACGGGAUCGGCCGAGCUGCCUAUCACUGCACGCAAGGCAGAGCUCUGCAGAGACCUUCUGGAAAGUCGCGUGACUUGCGUUCAUGGCGAAACAGGAUCCGGCAAGAGCACACAGGUCCCGCAGUACAUCCUCGAAUGCUUCACAAACGCUCAGGUGGUUGUCACACAGCCCCGUCGAAUGGCCGCGAUCAAUUUGGCCAAGCGAGUCGCAGUGGAGCGUGGGGAACAUCUGGGUAGAACUGUUGGGUAUCGGAUUGGUGGAGACAGCAUGCCUGGCUCGCAGCUGAACUUCGUGACCACGGGCUGGCUGUUGAGAGCCUUGGUGAGCAGUCCAGAGCGGAUUGGCCAGCUCACGCAUGUCGUCUUCGACGAGAUUCACGAGCGCUCGGCCGACGCAGACUUCUUGAGCAUGGUGGUCCGCUUGCUGCUUCACCGCUCUCCGACUGUGCGCCUCGUGAUCAUGUCUGCAACCCUCCAAGCGGAUGUUUUCCGUUCCUACUUCCAGCAGCUGCAGCCUGAAGCCUCGGAUAUACCUCUGGUCGCAGUGGGCGGCCGCUGUUUCGACGUUCAGAAGGUCUUCCUCGAUGACAUCCGGGACUUCUGCAAGGGCAAGAAGCUGAGCAAGCCGGGGCAGGUCGCUUUGUCGAAGUUACUCUUGAAGUUUCAAGAACGCAAGUUCGAGAACAACAGCUCCAAGAACUUGUCUGACGUCUUGCCCGUUGCUACACCGCUCAUUCUCGACCUGCUGGCCUCUUUGGCCGAGCCGGGCUGCACAAUCCUGGUCUUCCUGCCUGGCCUUGAGGAGAUAAGCAAUUUGUACGACGACUGCCAGGCUUACCUGCACGCGAAGGAUGGUGCAUUGGCCGACUCGGAGGAGGCGGACCCAGAGCCUGAGCCAGGAUCCCCCGAGCAGGCGCACUUGGAGCUUAAGGCUUUCGCUAUGCACUCGCAGAUACCUAUGGAAGACCAACUGGGGGUCUUUAAAGGCCCAGGUCCACGGGCAUGCCACCUGGUCUUCGCCUCCAACGUGGCAGAGAGCUCGUUGACACUGCCAAGCGUGUGCGCAGUCCUGGACCUGGGUUUGAUAAAGCAGAUGGUCUACGACCCACGAUUACGGGUGUCGUACCUGGCGCUGCGGUGGACAAGCCAAGCAUCCGCCCAUCAGCGAGCAGGUCGUGCAGGCCGAACCCGAGAGGGAACCGUUGUGCGGCUCUACCCACGAAACUUCCAUGAAGGAAUGGUGGCUUUUGACCGGCCGGAAACUUCUUCCUUGCCGUUGCCAAGAUUGUAUUUGCAAGCCAAGCAGCUGGCAUGUGAUUUGGGGGAGGGCGAUCUUGCCGGAGGUGCCUCCGCAGUUUCUGUUCUGGAAGACCUCGUUGACCCACCAGACCUUGCUAUUGUCGAAGUUGCCCGCCAAGAGCUCGCAGAAGGCUGUGCUCUUGCCGCAUGUGCGGAAGACGCGGACAUCACCACCCUGGGGAGACUCUGCUUGCGGCUUCCCUUCGAGCUGGCUCUUUGCCGCCUUAUCUGGAUGAGCUGUCAUUGGGGCUGUGCCGCCGAUGGAAUUGUGCUGGCAUGCAGCAUGGCCGUGCAGGACCCUUUCUCGCAGCCCAACCCAUUGGCCAUCACCGAUGCCGUGGAGUUGGGGCAGAAACUACGCCGGAGCAAUCAGAGCCGGCGUCAUUUUGAUGGUGGAAGAGCUUCUGAGCCGCUUGCGCUUCGCAGCCUUUUCCGUGAGUUCUACCAAACACUGCGUACUUCAGCCACGGAUGGUCUCCUCGGAGGUCGCCGCGCUUGGAUGAAGCACGCGAACACAAUGGCUUCGAAGCAUGCGGUCAUCCCCAGGCGUUUGGCAGAGUUCUGCGUUCAGGUGGAUGACGUUGCUCAGCGCGUCGUGUGCUUGCUGGCACCUGGCAGUCGAGUGGAACGUCAAGUUCGUCUUCUGCUAAAGGGCUUAGGAAGGGGCCUUGUGGAUACCGAUGAUGCCGGCAGCUUCCCCUGCGAGGAUCUGUGGGGAUUGGAUGAAUGGGUCAAUGUAGACAAGAAGCCUACACGCCGUGCAGAUGUAUUUUCCCCCUUCGUGGAGAACGACGACCUCUUGCGCGGUCUGUUGUCCGCUUGCUUCACGAACCAGCUGGUGAUUUCUUCGAAGCACAGCCAGAAGGAUCUAGAUCUUGCAAAUGGCAUGGCUCAGCUUGCGGACCCUGCCCGCAGCGCUCUCCUCGAUGUGGAGCAUCUCAAGGACAACGAUGCUCUGCGAGAAUCGGCGAACUUCUUGAAGUACUUGUCCCGUCUCAGUGGCGGAUGCAUGUUUGAGUGUAAGGGGAUGGUUGGGAAGCAUAUUUGCAUCCAGUGCGUUGACCCAAGCGCAAGUAGUCUCAGCGAGACAUCCAAUGAGUCAGAAGAGGAGGAUGAGGAAGAAGAUAAGGAGAUAUCAGAGAUGCCUGUCGACAUCGCAAUGGACCUGCACAUAUUCAACCAAUUCACGCGCGGCAAGCAGUCGGUAUCAUCGCAGAUGGACCUGAGUGAUAUUCAAAGCAGUCACGACUCCCAAAACGAAUGUGAAAAGGCUGAGCCAACUCCUAUCGUUGUCAAGAAGCCGGUACAUCCAUACCAGAUCAAGUGGCAGGUACAUGCAGCGGGGGAGGAAGAUCGCAAAGGACGGGCCGCAAUGAAGAGAACCGGUUUGCCCGGCUGCUAUCAUCCCCUGGGCUUCAUGUGCGAUGUGUCCAAACGCAGCUGGGUGGCCUGCUGUAGCCAUGUGCAAUACACCCAAGGCAGCAUUUGCUUCCUUUCCGGCAUGACCCUCCUCAAGCCUUGGCAGGCCAAGCAUUUCCUGCUGAUGAUCGACCCACAAGCUGCAAACGUGGCGCUUCGUUGCACUGCGGAUGGAUCAGUCAAUGCUGUGAAAAUGUUUGGUCAACAGCUGCGUAUCGAUCUCACGAAGGAGGACAUGAAUUUUGUGGACAGUUUCCGUUCGAGGAUGAGAGACGCCUUGCUGAGCUCCGAGAAGCUGAAGGAGAGCCCGCUGAAGUCCAAGUUGCAUGACUUCUGCAGGGGAGGCGAUUCUACCGAGGGUGGUGCACAGGGCCGCUGGUUUCAACCACUCCGCACUUCAAGCAGCUUACCGGGACUGCAGCCACUGCUUCAGAAGAUGGAUGCAGAGUCAGAGGCCGCGGCGGCAGCUGAGAUGAACCUGCGUGCCAUCAUCGACUUGAUGAUGGCUAAGAAGAAGAGAACGACAAGUCGGAAGCUUGCAAAGGAGGCUGGCUGGCCGGAGGAGCAGUUCGGCCCCCUCGAAAAAUUUUUGUCGCAGCGCCCCCAUCUCUUCCGUCAGGAUGGAAAGAACUGGAAGUCUGUGAAUUAG